UUGAGUUUGAAUAUUGCCUCAGCCCAGAGUUUGGUACGGUUUCUCACUACCACCCAUUAUUAGCUUCGAAAACUUUAGGCGGGCGCAGCCGGCCAUGAUUCGCCGUGAGAUCCCCAGCAUCUAACGGUGGCAAGUAUUAAAAAACCCCGUAAGACUUUAGAUACCCGUCCAAAAAAAGAGUGCUUGAUGGUGAUAGUUUUGUCCCUUUCACUGCAGCUCUUAUGUUUACUCCUUUUAGCAAACAUUUUCUUUCUUGAUCUUGACAAUUUCCGCAUCUCCAUCUGAGUCUUUUUCUCACGGUUUUCUUUCACUUCACUCUCUCUUCUCGUCUUCCCACUCCAGUCUGUUUGAUUGUUCUAUCUUUUUUCCCAAAAGCCAAAACAAACUUUUAAAGACAUCAUUACAAGAAAGACCGUUUUCCGAGAAAAAAGAAGAUACCACUCCUAGUCGCAGAAGAAGAAACACAAGAUACUAUUUGGGAACACUUUCCAAUGGAUGAUACUUUAUGUGACUUUCUCGAAGAGCCUGAGUUUGGAGAAACCAACCUUGCCGGAGAUGACCUGUUUGCUCUUUUUGAGGGUUUAGAUGGUCUCCCUGAAUUUCCACCCUUCACUCCAUUGGAAGAAACGGGCGCUGCUACCCAAAAAGAUGGCGAGGAAGCUACGAGGUUGGUGUCCCAGAAGUCUACUUCUUCCAGCGCUCAACAGGAGUCGGAGACUGAGCCUGAAACUCCACCUAAGAGCAAGAGGCAGAAGCUAGCUUCUUCGGAGGAAACCAACCCAGAUGGGCAACAACGAAUGUCUCAUAUUACGGUUGAGCGCAACAGGAGGAAGCAAAUGAACGAACAUUUAUCGGUGUUGAGAUCGUUGAUGCCUUGCUUCUAUGUGAAAAGAGGAGAUCAAGCAUCGAUUAUUGGGGGCGUCGUGGAUUACAUCAACGAGUUGCAACAAGUUCUACAAUCGCUAGAGGCCAAGAAACAAAGAAAAGUUUACAGUGAGGUGUUAAGCCCUAGGAUAGUUUCAAGUCCAAGACCCUCACCUCUCAGCCCUAGAAAACCACCUCUAAGUCCAAGAAUUAACUUGCCGAUAAGCCCAAGAACCCCUCAACCCGGUAGCCCUUACAGGCCGAGGUUGCAGCAAGGCUACCUCUCUCCGACCAUGACUAGUUCGCUCGAACCUUCUCCUACUUCUUCCGCUUCCUCCGUGGACAACGUCAACGAGCUCGUUGCAAACUCCAAGUCUCCGAUUGCUGAUGUGGAAGUCAAGUUUUCGGGCCCAAAUCUUCUUUUGAAGACGGUAUCCCCUCGGAUCCCUGGUCAAGCUGUGAAAAUAAUCUCCGCCCUUGAGGACCUCUCGCUCGAAAUUCUCCAUGUCAACAUUAACACCGCUGAUGAAACCAUGCUUAAUUCCUUCACCAUCAAGAUUGGAAUUGAAUGCCAACUGAGUGCAGAAGAACUCGCUCACCAAGUCCAGCAAACAUUCUGCUAAGCUUUACUCAUCAUAGUUUUCACCCUUUCCAGGCUCAAGCUUCUACCCCUAACAAGACUCUUCCUCUCUAAUCUGUUUCAAAAAGCUGCUACAAUAAAAUAAAAAACAGAAGAGUAUGGAAGGGCAUUGGCAUUUUACCUUCAUUUCCUAUAUAUUAACAACUUAAUGUAAUUGUAGAUUAGUGAUCAUGACUUGCAUCACCUAGUGUAACACCCUUGUAAUUUUUGCAGUCUCAAGGUUUAAUUAUUUUGCAUAUUUGCAUGUACGGACAU